AAAUAUAUUUCAGUUGCGAGCGGACCUCUGCACGGAGUGGAACUAAAAAAUCUAAAAAAAUAAUAGAAAUAAUUAGUCCGCGGAAAACGUUGAAGUUCAUCUAAUUUUCCUACUACUACAUACAUAUAUACAUAAAUAUUUUUUCAAAUUUUGCACAGAUGAAAUUUUUAGUUUUAAGUUAAAGCAAAGCAUAGAAAAAAGCUAAAAAGUCUCCGCCUUGUGGAAAAUUUCGCAACGAAAAAGUCACAGCUGCAUUUUAUUGAAAGGAAAUUUCGAAAAAUCGUAAAUCGUUCAAGUUGAGUCGUAUCGGAAACGGAGCAAAUCGUCGUGUGAGGGGGCACUGCGUAUCGUCGGUUAGGAACGGAGUGUAAUAGAGUGGUGGUGUGUGUGUAGCGGCGGAGUAGAUACGAGUAGAUCGUGCCGUAUCGACCGUAACGGAGCGGAGGCACGCACGCACAAAGCACAAAACGUCUGCUACAACGGAAACGGAUUUUGAAAAGGAACGACGGAGGCGCAACGUCAACGACAAGAACGAAUUUUAGAAGUAUGACUUUUUCGCGGAAAAAAGUGCUAACGUUAUGCGUGUGCACGCUAUUGGCGCUCAUCAGUUUUCCCGGAUAUGUUGAUUGUGCUAAUAAGAAGGGAUCACAGGCUGCCGCAGCAGCGCCUCCACCUGCGCCCAUCGAACCCGAGGCCGUAAUCGAGGAGGUCAAUGCCAAGCAAUUGGAAAAACUACUGACCGAUAAGGAUUAUGUUGCUGUCUUUUGGUAUGCGCGAAGCUGCGUCACCUGUGAUAAAGUAUUAGCGGAACUCGAAAAAAUCGACGAUGACACCGAUUCGUUCGGUGUUGACUUCGUAAAGAUUAACGACAAACGACUAGCAAAACAAUACGGAAUAAAGAAUUUCCCAGCACUCACGUACUUCAGGGAAAAGGAACCAAUUAUCUAUGAUGGCGAUCUCAUGGACGAGGAGGGUGUACUCGACUUCCUCACCUCGCUGGAGGCGAUGGACUUGCCCGACCGCAUCGAAGAGGUCAAUGCAAAGAUUCUCUUAAAGAUUAUCGAGGAUACUGACUUUGUAGCUGUUUUAUUCUGUCCCGAUCAUGCCACGUGCCCGCCUAGAGUAAUGGAUAAACCGCAAUGCCGCAAAUGUGCCAAAGCUCUGCAAGAAUUGGAAAAUAUCGACGAUGAAGCCGAUCAAUUGGGCAUCGGUUUUGUCAAAAUACACGAUGAGGAAUUGGCUGAGGAAUACAAUUUGGGCAAUCUUCCGGUAUUGGUCUACUAUCGCCAUCAGACGCCGAUCAUAUACGAAGGUGAAUUGUCACGUGAAGAAGAUGUCUUAGAGUGGUUGGUGCAAAAUAAAUCGACUGGCGAUGAAGAUGACGUGAUAGAGGAUGUAACGGCUAAGACACUGUCCACGCUGAUCAGCAACAUCGAUAAUCUGGUUGUAUUAUUCUAUGAUCAUGGCAAUGAUGAUUCAAUGACCGUAUUGGAAGAGCUAGAACAAAUUGACGACGACUGCGAUAAACAUGGCAUUCAAUUCGUAAAGAUUGAUGAUCCCAAGUCCGCAGCGGAAUAUGGAAUCGAUACGAUUCCGGCAAUAGUAUAUUUCGAAAAACAAAUUCCAAAUAUUUAUGAUGGCGACCUUAUGGCGGAGGAGCAGAUACUGCACUGGCUGGUAGGUCAACUGGAGCACGACGAAAUCGAAGAUGUUACCGAUGAGAUGCUCGACAAAAUGGUGAAGGAAGGCCGCGUUAUGGCGGUGCUAUUCUAUGAUAACAAUGACAAAAAAUCACAGAAAGUUCUCGAAGAACUGGAGAAUAUCGACGAUGAGUGCGAUGCGUUGGGCAUCACUUUUGUGAAAAUCGACAAUCCUGAAGAGGCCAUCGAAUACGGCAUAAACAAAGUUCCUAAAUUAAUUUACUUUGAAAAAGGCAUUCCAACCAUUUACGAAGGCAAUCUUGAGGAUGAGGAAAAAUUGCUAAAAUGGCUCGAAGAGCAAACAACUUCCGAUCAAAUUGAGGACAUCACCGAUGAGAUGAUGGAUUUGAUAAUUGAAAAAAUGCCUUAUGUCGCUGUACUCUACUACGACAAAGAUCAGAAGAAAUCGCAAAAGGUGCUCGCCGAACUGGAGAAUAUCGACGAUGAGUGCGAUCAAAACGACAUUGCUUUCGUGAAGAUCGAUGACGAUAGUGAGGCCAAGGAAUGGGGUAUCGAUGAGAUACCAUCGAUUGUCUUCUUCGAGCGUGGCAUACCGCACAUUUACGAAGGCGACUUGAUGAAGGAGGACGAACUCUUGGGUUGGUUGGUACAUCAGAAGCGGCACUCGGAGAUUCCGGAAGUCACCGAUGAGAUGAAAGACAAAUUGGUUGAAAAUACUGAACAUUUGGCUGUUAUUUUUUACGACAAGGACGAUAAACAAGACAUUCGCGUGCUCAACGAACUGGAGAACAUCGAUGAUGAACUUGAAAAGGAGGGCAUCGUAAUUGUGCGUAUUGAUAACGCCGCCGAAGCUAAAGAAUACGGCUUGGAUCACUUGCCCGCACUCAUUUACUUCGAGAACAAGAUACCAGCUCUGUACGAGGGUGACUUGAUGAAUGAAGAUGAAGUAUUGGAAUGGUUGAUUUUACAAAAGCGUACCGCUACCAUUGAGGAAGUAACCGAUGAGAUCCUGGUCGGCCUGAUCAACGAUCACGAAUAUGUAGUGGUCUUCUUCACUGGCCCUUGUGAGCCUGGCGAAAAAUGCGACAAAACUUUGGGCGCAUUGGAGAGUAUUGACGAUGAACUGGAUGAGGCGGGCAUCAUUUUUGUCACCACCGAGGACACAAACAUCGCUAAGAAGCAUAACAUCAAGAACUAUCCACAAUUGGUAUUCUUCAGAAAUCGUGAUCCGUUAGUAUUUACUGGUGAUUUGGAUGAUGAGGACGAGGUGUUGGCAUGGAUCACCGACGAAGAUACGCUAGAGAUUCCUGGUAAAAUUGAAGAAGUAAACACCAAAAUGUUGGAUAAGAUUCUGUCGGAGAACGAUCAUGUCGUAGUGUUCUUCUAUCGUGAAGGUGAUAAGCGCGCACAAAAAAUCCUAAACGAAUUGGAAAAUAUUGAUGAUGAAUGCGAAGAGAAGGACAUUGAUUUCGUGAAGACUUCCGAUCCUGAUGUUGACAAGGAAUACGAUUUGGCUAAUUUGCCAGCAUUGGCAUUCUACAGACACAAAUUCCGCACAAUCUACGAUGGCGAUCUCAUGAAGGAGGAGGAAAUUCUGGAUUGGGUAAUUGAUCUGCAUGAAUCGACGGCUGAUGUUAUCGAAUCUGUGGAUCGUAAAACUUUACAAGUUUUAAUCAAUGACGUCGAGCACUUGGCUGUAUUUUUCUAUGAUGACAAAUGUGAAUCGUGCCCGCAAAUCUUGGAGGAAUUAGAGACCAUUGACGAUGAUACGGACAAACAGGGCAUACAAUUUGUCAAAUCGAAUGAUGUGAAGUUGGCGCAUGAAAUCGGAAUUUUCGCAUUCCCCGCCUUGGUCUACUACGAGACAGGCGUGCCAAUCAUGUAUGAUGGUAAUCUCAAAAAUGAAAAUCGUGUGUUGCAGUGGUUGAUCAAUCAAAAGAGCGAGGAUGAUGAUGAGGAUGAGGAUGAGGAUGAUGAUGACAAUGACGAAGAUGAAGACGAUGAUGAAGAUAAUGAUGAUGAUGACGAAAACGACAUAAAAAUAAAACGAAGAGCCAAAAAGGCACAACGAAAACGAUACACCGAUAACGACGACGAAGACGACGACGAUGACGAAGACGACGACGAGGACGAGGACGAGGACGAGGACGACGACGAGGACGAGGAUGAGGAUGAGGACGAGGACGAAGAUGAGAACGAUGAAGACGAUGACGAUGACGAAGACGAUGACGAUGACGACGACGAUGACGACGACGACGAGGAUGAAGAUGAAGAUGAAGAUGAUGAAAUUACAAAAUUAACUUACCCAAAAACCGAUAAAAGUAAAGAAGAAAGACUUAAACGUUUAAAGAAAAGUAUAAGGAAACACAAAUCCGACGAUGAUGACGAUGAUGCAGACGAAGACGAUGACGGCGACAAGAUCAAUAAAAAAUAUAAAUUGAUCAGGCGUAGAGUUUCACACGAUGAUAACGGAGACGAUGAAGAGGAUGAUGAUGGUGAUGAUGAUGAUGAUAAAGAUGAUGAUGAUGAUGGAGAGCCUAACAUGCGAGUGCGAUAUCGUAAGCCGGGGUCGAGAAGGUUGAGAUUUAGAAAAAUUGUAUUUAAAAGUCGACUUAUUGAGAAAGAGGAUGAUGAUGACGAUGAUGAUGCUAAUGGAAAUGAUGAGGAUGAUGAUGAUGAAGAUGAAGAUGAUCAUCCAAAAUACAAGAGAAAACAUAGAACGCAGAAAACAAGAAGCAAGAAGAGAAAAUUGGAUAGAGAUGACGAUGAGGAUGAUGAUGAUGAGGAUGAUGACGAUGAGGAUGAUGAUGACGAGGAUGAUGAUGAUGAGGAUAAUGAUGAUGAGGAUGAUGACGAUGAGGAUGUUGACGAUGAGGAUGAUGAUGAUGAAGACGAUAAAGAGAAAGAUAUUAAAAAAGGACGCAAAUCCAGAAACAAACGCAAGCUGCACAGAAAGAAAAUUAAUGACGAUGAUGACGAAGAUGACGAAGACGACGAAGACGAGGAUGAAGAUGAAGACGAGGAUGAAGAUGAAGACGAGGAUGAAGAUGAAGAUGACGAUGAUGAUGAAAACGAAGAUGAAGAUGAGGAUGAAGAUGAAGAUGAAGAUGAUGAUGACGAUGAAGAUGAAGAUGAAGACGAAGACGGAAAUGAAGAUGAUGAUAACGAUGAGGAUGAUGAGGAUGAUGACAAUGAAAGAAAGUCCACUUCAAAAUCUCGGCGAAAAGACAAGCAGCGCAAAUCACAACAUGAUGAUGAUGAUGACGCUGACGACGACGAAGAAGAUGACGACGAUGAUGAAGACGAUGACGAUGACGAUGACGAUGACGACGACGAAGAAGACGAUGACGAUGAUGAUUUAAAAAAAAGAAAAAGCAAAACAGUAAAGCAACAUAAAAAAUCAAAAAGAAACAAAAAUGACAAAGACGACGAUGAUGAUGAUGACGACGAAGAAGACGACGACGAUGAUGACGACGAUGAAGACGAUGACGACGACGAAGAAGAUGAUGACGAUGAUGAUGUAAAAAAAAGAAAAAGCAAAACAGUAAAGCAACAUAAAAAAUCAAACAGAAACAAAAAUGACAAAGACGACGAUGAUGAUGAUGACGACGAAGAAGAUGAUGACGAUGAUGAUGUAAAAAAACGAAAAAGCAAAACAGUAAAGCAACAUAAAAAAUCAAAAAGGAACAAAAAUGACAAAGACGACGACGAUGAUGAUGAUGAUGAUGACGACGACGACGCUGACGACGACGAUGAUAACAAUGACGAUGACAACGACAAUGACGAUGACGACGACGAUGACAAGAAAGUUAAAAGAUCUCGAAAAUCGCAAAAAUCCAUAAAGCCUCAAAAAAUCCAUCAGGCUAAUGAACUUUGCAACGAACGAUUCAUAGAUAAAUUAGGGUACUUAGUGUCCAAGCAUAAUCGUGCAAUGCCGAAAAGCGCAAUACACAAUCGUUUUUUACCGAAGGCUGAAGAUGACGAAUGUUUCUAUGUUGGAUUGGGUCACGACGGCAGUUCAGCACGACGUGGCAUUAAUUACGCACCAAACGUUUACAAACCAUUCCAAUGUUGUCCUACUAAACUGGAAAAAUCUACAAAAGUUCCUAAAAUGACCGCACAGCGCAUCGGCCAUAGCAGCAGCGAUGCGACAGACAAACGUAGUGGCAAUUUCCAAUUUGGGCCAGCAGCAACCACCAAAAACGACGCAGGCGCAGCCAGUAAGUCAGCAAAAGUCAGCUAUAAAAAGGAUAAAGAGCAGAAGAAACCACUGAAGCGUACCGUCGUCGACGAUGAUGAUGAUGAUGAUGAUGAUGAGGAUGACGACGAUGAUGACGAUGAUGAUGACGCAGUGCCAAUGGGCAAGGUCUCCUACACUAGUCCACGAAAAACCGGCGGUGCAUCAGCUAAAAAAUCGAGCAGCAGCAACAAACAAGUAGCUAACGAUAAAUCCUAUGACAAUGGAAAAUCGGCGAAAAAGGCUCAUGCUAAAGAUGGCGAUAAAUUGAAUGUGAAAAGCGGCCUUAAUUAUUUGCAUAAACGACUAAAAAAUCUAUAUGACCUUUUUCAGGAUAUCUCUCUAUGGGAAUAAGGAAGCAAUAUAAUUGAAAAGAAAUUAAAAUUAAAUAAUUAACUCAUACACACACACACACAUACACCCUCAUAUGUAUACAAUGAGAAAAUAGAAGGAACAAUUGAAAAAAAUGUCACACUAAUAAUAACUAAAAAUCGCAAACGACAGCCUAAUAAAAUCAAUAGCCAAGCCCCCAAGCACAAGAACAUCAAUUAAAAUAUGUAAAAAAAAACAAAUUCCUUAUUGUCUGGAAAAAUACUGAACAAUAAAAUAGUUCCUAAUUAAUAAAACUAUUGUAUAAAUAGCACUAAUACAACCCAAAAAUUAAUAUAAAAAAAUUUUCUAGCAAGAAAAAUUACGCAAAUACUAUAUAAGACAAAUUUUGUAUAAAAAGUGACCCAAAAACACAAUUCCUUAGUUCCUUAACUCUUUUGCAUCACUCAACGGAAUAAUCUGCGAACAAAAACGCUCUCUCGUAUCACAAAGAACGGAAUAGUCCGAGCGAACAAAAACGCUCUCUUAUCAGCAUGAGCGUCCGCGUGAACAAAAACUCUCUCUCGUAUCACAAAGAACGGAAUAGUCCGAGCGAAUGAAAACGCGCUCUCGUAUCACCAGGAACGGAAUAGCCGGCGCAAAGCCACCUUGAGCCGGCGCGAGCAAAGACUCUCUUAUCACCAAGAACGGAAUAAUCAGCAAUAAAUUAUAAUUUUUUGUUUUUGUUAAAGUUUGAGGAAUGUAAAUUAGUUUGGUAAUCUUGUAAUAUUCUUUUUCAUUAGAACAAGCAGUAAAAGUCUUGCCGACUCAAUGUAUUUUAAGUACAUCGCGCAUUUCGUUAGGUGAUGCAAAAGGGUUGAAAAUUAGCGCACCUACUCUAGGAGUUAAAGCAUUAAUGUUGAGUUGUAUAAAACAAGUGCUCCUAGAUAAAUUAAAGACCUAAAAGAACUCAUGCAAAACAAAAAAUUGGCAUAAAACCCGGCUGACUAAACUAAAAUUAUACUUUUCAUAAAAAUUAUACAAAAGAAAUUCACACAAAACAUAAUUGGCAUAAAAUAGUUGAACUGCUGCGGCUUGCAGAAUACAAGCACCAAAAUUAUAUUAAUUUUCUUAAAAAAGUAUAUAAAAAAAAACGAGCGCACAUAUAAAUUUUCCUCAUUGAGCACUGGAAAGGUUUAUAUGUAUGUAUGUUUUUAAGCACUAAGAAAAAAACACAUCUUGCGCGAAGAGAGAAAAUACAUAAUUCUAUUUCCCAUUGAGAAAACCUUAAAAAGGAGGCAAAAAAGUGAACAAAGUCAAUAUUUCAAAUAAUUUUAUGUGGCUUUAGAACGGAGCUGCAAUUCCAGCCGCGCAAAAGUUAGGUUAGAAAUUGCAAAUAAAAUCAAAUAAUGAAAUCUAAAAAAUGUUUCAAGAAAUUUUUAAGAGCAAACAUGCGCGCCAAUAAACUCCAAAGUGGUAUUCACUAUAUGGCGCCAAAAAUGUAACCAAAAAUAAUGAAAAAAUAACCAAAGUUAGAACCAAAACUACAAACUAACAAAGUAAAGAUUUUUUUAAAUGUAUUUUUCGAAUUGUUAGGUUAUUGAAUAUAAAACUUGAAAGUAAAACUUUAUAACUGUCAAUUCAAAACAAUAGCUUUCACAAGAAUAUCGAAAAAUCGACGUGUUCUUGCACGUAAAAUUUUAUAAAUGUUAAUUCACUACAAUAGAUUUCACAAGAGAAUCGAAAAAUCGACAUGUUCUUGCACGUCCGAUUUUAUUUCACAAACUAUUCACAUAUAGCGAAUACCACUACCAGUUACGUAAAUAUAUACAUAAAUAUGAGUGUUAUUGCAAACACAAAGAGAAGAUUUAUUGGCGUUUCAAAACGGGUGAGAAAAAACAGGAUAAAAUGAGCAACGUUAAAUAUUUUUCCUUUCAAUUGAGCUGUAGAGCCAUCACUAGCAAGAGCUUUUUUUUAAAGAAACACAUAAGUACGUUGAAAUACAAAUAUAUGUACAUAAAUACGUGUCAAAAUGUACACAUGAAGCUGUAAAAUAAGAUUGUCCGAAAAAGAAAAAAACAAAAAACAA